AAAUUCUUGAUAUACCCUUCAUGUUUCAACUAGACAUGAAAACUUAUCUUAUCCUACAACAAUCUUCGUAAUCAAUCCUUCAAUGCAAGUGUUCAUCUAAACCCUAAGAAAAUGGUGCACACAUCAUGACUUCUUGAAGCAACUUAAUGGAGCAACAUAUAUUUGAAAUUUAUGAUGAUUAUUCGACGUUCAGUACAUUGAAGAUUUAUCAUGGAGGUGUUUUCAUAAUUUGUCCUAGUAGGGAGUACAUAAAUGGUAAAUAUCACUUUGUUGAUUUAGUUGACAGUGAGGAGUAUUUGAUACAGAAGUUCAGAGUUUUGAUGAAAGAAAUAGGUAUUAGAAAUGAUGCAUCUACCGUUUAUCAUUUCAAAAUUCCAAGAAAAGACUUAAAUUUUGUCUUAGAAGCUUUAGGCAAUAAUCUUGAUGUAUUGAAUCUUUUAAAAUAUGCUCCCCAGUGCAAAAUAAUAGAGGUUUACACUGAAGUGAUUAAAGAAUUACCCAUUGAAUUGAGUCCGGAGUUAAAUCAGAGGGUACUCCUUGAAUGGGUUGAUAAAAAUCAAGAGGUUGAUUGUUUUGAUCUAUUUGAUGACUUCAAUCCAUUUGAUGAAACAAUGGAAUAUCAAAACAAUGAGGUAAAUGAAGAGAGUGAUAGUGAUGGGUUUGUACAUGAUGACCGAAAUGUAUUGGAUGAUGGUGUAAUUAACAAUGAGGUAAAUGUUGAUCAUGAGUUGGAGUUGGAAGAUUUUGAAAGUAACACUAAUCAAUCUAAUUUGGAGGUGAAAAGGUUUACUUAUUUGAAGAAGCUAAACAAGAAAAAGGGGUCUAACAUAGGAUUUGAUAAGAGUGUCAACUUUUAUCCUAGCCAAGUAAUUGGUAGUAAAGAAGGAAUAAAAAAGAUGGUUGACCAACAUGCGAUUGAGACUAGGAGGGAAAUUGUGGUGGUGAAGAACAAUCUUCAUAGGAUGAGAGCUGUAUGUUGA